AUGGAUACUUUCAUGGAAAAUACUCAAGCUUACCUUUCUUUAUCAAAUUCUGAUGUUGAAGAAACGAGUGAUGAAGAAGUAGCAUCCAAUACUAGUGAUGAAGAGGCAGUACCAAGAUAUGACGACAUGGUUCUUAAUAAUCCAAUAAUAAGAGCAUCAAGAGAACUCAAAAAUGAUGAACGUUUAGAUAUCUAUCAAUAUCUGUUAACCCAUAGCAAUAAUGGAAGAGUUAAAAGAGGUUCCAUACCAAGAGUUGCUGGUAUAUUCAAGACGUCUGUUUCAACUGUUUCUCGUAUUUGGAAUCGAUCAAAAGAAAAUCAUAACUCAAACAUGCCUGCUGAUGUAUCUUCUAGGAAGCCAACAAGAGUUGGUCGCAAACGUGUGGAAAUCGAUAGAGACAGGGUACUGGCAGUUCCAUUGAAUCGCCGUACUUGUAUUCGCACAUUAGCGGCAGAGAUAGAGAUGUCAACAACAACAUUGCAUAGGAGGAUAAAAGAAGGCAAAGUCAAGCCACACACAAGUGCAGUAAGACCAGCUUUGAAUGACGAUGGAAAAAUAAAGAGGUUAAACUAUUGUAUUGACAUGCUUGAUACAAGUACUUUUAAUUCUAAACCAAUGUUUAAGGAUAUGUUCGAUUAUGUACAUAUUGAUGAAAAGUGGUUUAACAUGACAAAAAUAUCGCAGAGAUAUUAUCUUCUUCCCGAUGAACCCAAACCUCAUCGUGAGUGUCAAAGCAAGAGAUUUAUUCCUAAUAUUAUGUUUACAGCUGCAAUUGCACGUCCGCAAUAUGAUUCCUCAGGGAAUCUAAUUUUUGAUGGAAAAAUUGGCAUAUGGGCAAUGGUUAAAAAAGUGCCGGCAGCAAGAAACAGUAAGAAUAGGAAAGCCGAUACACUUGAAACCAAACUGAUUGAUCCAGUUGAUAAAAAGGUUUCAAUGGAGUUUUUAAUCGACAAAGUCCUACCGGCAAUUCGUGCUAAAUAG